AAAGGGGAGGGGGUGAUCCGCAACACAACAGGAGAUAAGCUUGAUUUGUUCAUACUUCAACCACUGGGGCUCUUCUGCAUCUUCGCCAUAUACAAACCCGAAGAAAUGAAGUGAAAUACGGCAUGAGCUCGACGGAACCCAGCGGCACCGACACAUCUGCGUCCUUUUAUUAACCGGACGCGCUUUCCUCUCCGGUUUACCGACUUUAUAGUGUUCGGGAUGGGUAAGGAGGUGAACGGCGUCUCUCGGAGUCGCUUUGAGAUGUUCUCCAAUAACGACGAGGCUGUUAUUAACAAGAAGCUGCCGAAGGAACUGCUGUUACGAAUCUUCUCAUUUCUAGAUGUAGUCACACUUUGCCGCUGCGCACAAGUCUCACGAUCAUGGAACCUGUUAGCCCUGGAUGGCAGUAACUGGCAGCGCAUUGACCUCUUUGACUUCCAGAGAGACAUUGAGGGUCGUGUGGUGGAGAACAUCUCAAAGCGGUGUGGAGGCUUCCUAAGGAAGUUGAGUCUUAGAGGAUGUCUCGGAGUCGGAGAUAGUGCGCUCAGAACGUUUGCCCAGAACUGCAGAAAUAUUGAGCUGCUCAGCCUCAAUGGCUGCACCAAGAUCACUGACAGUACCUGUAACAGCUUGAGUAAAUUUUGUCCCAAACUGAAGCACUUGGAUCUUGCGUCCUGCACCUCAAUCACGAACCUGUCCCUCAAAGCUCUGAGCGAGGGCUGUCCUUUGCUAGAGCAGUUGAACAUCUCGUGGUGUGAUCAGGUGACCAAAGACGGCAUACAGGCACUUGUGAGAUGUUGUCCAGGACUCAAAGGCUUGUUCCUCAAGGGCUGCACACAGUUGGAAGACGAAGCAUUAAAGCAUAUUGGAGCACAUUGUCCAGAACUGGUCACACUCAAUUUGCAGACGUGUUCACAGAUCACAGAUGAAGGUCUUAUAACCAUCUGUCGCGGGUGCCAUCGGCUGCAGUCUUUGUGUGUGUCUGGCUGUGCAAACAUCACAGAUGCUAUUCUCAAUGCCUUGGGCCAAAACUGCCCUCGUCUCAGAAUAUUAGAGGUGGCUCGCUGCUCUCAGCUUACAGAUGUAGGCUUCACCUCACUAGCACGGAAUUGUCAUGAACUAGAAAAGAUGGAUUUAGAAGAGUGUGUACAGAUAACAGAUGGAACGCUCAUCCAGCUAUCUAUACACUGCCCUCGACUCCAGGUUCUGAGUUUGUCCCACUGUGAGCUGAUCACUGAUGAUGGCAUCAGGCAGCUGGGCAGUGGACCCUGUGCUCAUGACCGACUGGAGGUGGUGGAGCUCGACAACUGCCCGCUCAUUACAGAUGCUUCGUUAGAGCAUCUGAAAACCUGUCACAGCCUGGACCGCAUCGAGCUGUACGACUGUCAACAGAUCACCCGCGCCGGCAUCAAACGCUUGAGGACUCACUUGCCCAACAUUAAAGUUCACGCCUACUUUGCACCCGUGACUCCGCCUCCAUCGGUGGGCGGGAGCCGCCAGAGAUUCUGCCGCUGCUGUAUCCUUCUAUGAUGUAAAGCGGACUGUGCAUCUUGACCUCUCGCCCCCUGGUCCACCUAGAGCACGUGCUGGUGGGUCCCGGGUCAGAGCGCACGGGAGUGACCGAGAGGCAUACAGAACUCCACACCCAGUCAUGAGCUUUAAUCAACACUACAGUCCAUUCAAUGGCUUUAUACAAGACUCUUAUAGGGUAAUUAAAGUGGACGAAUUGGGGGAAUGUGCUACUUUGUUCAUUGCAAACUUUUUGGAGAACAGAACAAUGGGGCCUUUCUGAAAAAUAAAUGGCCACUUGUUAUUGGA